UCACUUCUACCAAUGGGAUUUAAUGGCGCCGAGGAGGAGGAGAAAUGGACGUCGCUGAAACAUCGUCACCGCGCCCAAUGGAACAGUGAUCAAAUACCGGAAGUGCUCUAUCAUAAAUUGGUAUAUAUUUACACAAGUGUACGUGAGGAAUUGAAGAGGAAGCCUUGCUUUAAUCGGCAUUAUCAGUGCUAUCGUCAUGGGCCUUCUUAUCUGGAUAUGAUAAGUGUUAUCGAAAAAGGGAUAAAGGACAUUCGAUAAUUGCACCUGACUAUUGUGCUCCUGUGUCCAACAAGUAUGGAUGAGGGAACUCUGAAUGAUCUGCUCGAGUGUUCAGUGUGUUUGGAGAGACUGGACACCUCGAGCAAGGUGCUACCAUGUCAGCACACCUUUUGCAAGAAGUGCCUGAAUGAGAUUGUGGAGAGCCAUAAAGAACUGAGGUGCCCAGAGUGCAGGAUACUUGUGCCUAUUAAAGUGGAUGAACUCCCACCCAAUGUACUGCUAAUGCGGCUACUGGAGGGUAUGCGAAAUGCAGCACCCAAGAAAGUGCAUAGGAACAAUGCCCAUAAUGCUGUUCCAAAUGCAGUUCCGAUGGCUCCUAUGCAACAGCAGCAGCAGCACCAUCAUCACCAUCACAGCACUUUUAACCAUCGCCAUAAGAGUAAUAAACAGUUGACACCUCUAGCCCCACACCAGGCCUACGCCAAGGCAUUGUAUAAUUUCAUUUCAAAAGAACCUGGUGAUUUGAACUUCAAGAGGGAUGAGAUUAUCAUGCUGAGGAAACGUGUUGACUCAUAUUGGUAUGAGGGUGAGUGCGGUGGCAAGAAAGGAGUAUUUCCCAUCAAUUUUGUGCAGAUCAUAACUCCGGUGCCAAGUAAUAUACCACAGUGCAAAGCUCUAUACGAUUUCCGCAUGACCAAUGAUGAAGAGGAAGGUUGUCUGGUGUUCAACAAGGGCGACAUCAUCACCGUCAUAAGAAGAGUGGACGAGAACUGGGCUGAGGGGAAGUUGGAUGGGCGCAUAGGUAUCUUCCCGUUGGCUUUUGUCGAGCUGAACAACCUGGCUAGGUCUUUGAUGAAGUUGUCCACCAACGCUCAACCAGGACCAUCGAGGGUAGCUCCUCCGACACCGACCACCGAAGAUAGCGCUCCUCUGAUUCCCACAGAUCAUUCGAGGACGAUGGGCAGCGUCCAUCUGGCGCAACCGAACACUCCCAAACACGUUGCAGGAAAUCCUCCAGCUGCUGCUGCGGGUCUACCUACCUCCGAUUCGAGCUCCACGGUGAGUUCCGGAACUAGUUCGACGACUACAACUCCGAACACCUCUUCGAGCAACACGUCUUCCAGCUCCAGCACAGCUCCGUCAUCUCCGGCCUCUCCGCCGACCAGAGCAGCCGCUGUCAACAGAGCACAAAAACAUGAUCAAGGUAUGGUGUCGACUCCUCAACGGCAACCACCACCAGCCCAUUUGUCGCCACACCAGAGCAGAGAGAAACGACACAGUUUCACCUCACUUACGGUGCCGCAGCAGCCGAGUAGCACGUAUCGCCAUUCCGCAGAGAUCCUCUGCACCGAAGGAGCGGAAUCCGCUUCGCCAGUAUCAGAACGACAUCGCCGAAAUCUAGUGGAUACUAUACAACUUCCAGCCGCAUACAUCGCUCUCUAUCCGUACAAGCCGCAGAAGGCGGACGAGCUGGAGCUGCGCAAGGGCGGCAUCUACACGGUGACUGAGAAGUGUCAGGAUGGAUGGUUCAAGGGUACCUCGAACCGGACCCAGAAAAGCGGAGUAUUCCCCGGAAACUACGUAACACCGGCGUCGGCCCCACGCAGCCCACAGACCCAGAACUCAUCCGAUUCGAAAUCCGCAGUAAGUUAUACGCGCAGCAAGGGUGGAUCGCGCAAUUCGAAUCUACCGCCGGAGUUGCCACCGCGCUCGACGAGCCCUAACGCUAUAUCCUCCAGCUGGCACGGACAGCAGGAUAACACGGCCGCGCCGCUGGGACGUUCCAGCAGCGCCGCUCUCAUGUCCACGGUCAAUCUAACUCUCACCUACUCCAAAGCUUCAGAAAAGCAGCCCAAGGAGCGGAAGGAGAAGAGCAGCAGCAGCACCGUCGGUAUGAUGAAACGGCUGGCGAGCUUCAAGCGAUCCAAAUCGCCGCCCCCACCUUCAUAUUCCAUGGAUAAUCCUGUUUUCGAGGACGCCGCUGUUUCGUCCACUUCCACCUUACAACCUGUGCACGUUCGGUCUGGCUCAUGUCCAAGUCAACUGCUGCAAGUUCAGCCCAUGAUCGAGCAAACUCAUCGAAUGUUCCAAAGCACUUCGCAGCGGCUUAAGCAUAAAGAAAGAGCUAGCAUCCUAGCGCACAGUCCCAGAAGUGAGCCGCAGCCAUCUAGCAAUUCGGCCACGUCCAGCCCGAACGUCCACCAUCACCGGAAGUCGCACUCUCUGGACGCCGGAAACAAGGCUAAAACGGGCACGCAGACGGUGCGCGAACGCUUCCGGUGCAUAGCUCCGUAUCCUCCCAACAGCGAGUACGAACUGGAGUUGCAGGUGAACGACAUCAUCUACGUGCAUAAAAAGCGCGACGACGGUUGGUACAAGGGAACGCAGCAGAGGACCGGCAGGACCGGAUUGUUUCCUGCAAGCUUCGUCGAGAGCUAUUAACGAACACCGAAGAGGCUCUUCGAAAACAAGCAAGGAGUCUUUUACUAUCGUCUGAUUUCGUUUAGUUGUUCAUUUGUUUAGGACGUGUGGAAACUGUGUGCCUGAUGUAGAGAGUAUAAGAUCCGAGACGAGGUAGCGGUUAUGAUUUUAUCUUUAUUAUUAUUUUUAGUUUUUUCAUUAAUCAAUUUUUGUUAAUGAUUUUGCUUCAACAGCACAAAAAGAGCUGAAAUUAACAAACAAACAAAAAAAUGAAAUUCGUAAAACCGAACUAAUUUAUAAUGAGCGUAUAUGACAUGACAUACACUUUCUCUAACUUAUAUUUAUCCUAAUUAAUAUAUAUAUAAAACAACAUAUGAUGUAAUGUGUUCAGGAAUGCGCUUCGUAACUAUAUUAUUAUAUAAUAUCGAUACAUUAUUUAUGCACUAACUAUUAACACUACUUUCCUACUAUCUAUUGUUACCUUUAAUAUAUUUUCGUGGUGAUGGAAUUUAAUUACAAUAAUUAAAUGAGUGCGUUUUUAUAUGAGCAUUACUGUCGAGGAAAUCUCUUAAAUAAACGCGAACUUUACA